AUGUCUUACACAAUCGCCUAUGACGUUGCCCUUGCGCCGGCGCGCGGGCCAGCCAUUGUUGCUUUCAUGGAGGACUUCUACCGCACCAGUGAUACCGAGUCUUUGCACGAGAAGUAUUUACAAAGCUUUACUGAAGAUGCCACUCUGAUUAUGGGGCCGAAGGAGGCUAAGGGUGCUGCUGAGAUCCUCCCCCUGCGCCAUGGUCUCUGGACGCACGUCGCCUCACGCCAACACACUCCAACACGAAUCUUCUUCGGCGGCGAGAACGAGAUUAUGCUCUACGGUGGUGUGAAAUACCGACUCAAGGCUGAUCCUGAGAGGGAUGUCUAUGUGCCCUGGGCUGGGCGGGUGGUAUUUGCGCCGCAGAAGGAGGGAGAGCCUGUGAAGAUGCAGUUCUAUCAGGUUUAUCUGGAUCCGUCUGCGCAGUCGGGUAAGAAAUAA